UUCAGCCAGCAACUGGAAGGAAAGCAAGAGAGACUGGAGACGGAGAAGACAAGGUGGAGUGUCCAGUGGUAUCCCUGGCUGCUAUUACAUUUAUCGCGCAUUCAUCCCCGACAAAAUGGACAAUCGUUGAUUUUAUCGUCGAUCUUCG